ACUUCCUGUAUUUUCUAUAACGAAUGACUAUAUAACGCAAAACAUAAGCAAGUGGGAUAUAAUACCGGGACGCCGUGGAUGCCACUUCUGUAAAUGCGGAUUGUUUACAGCUGCCCUCGCAUCCUUUCCUCCCUCCCCUUUUCCUCUUUCCCACAGCGCCGGAGCGGUGGUGGUGGAGAGGCAGCGGCUACAGCUGCUCCUGCUGACCGAAGAUAGCGCUUGCAGAGCCGGCCACAGCCGUCGCAUCACCCCGGGCCUGGGUUCUGGGGUUUACUAACUUUCACCUCCAGGUCUUUUCAGGAGUUUGGAUGUGCAGUUUCACAUGAUAUGGCUGUUCUUAAACUAGUCGACCAGCCACCCAUUGUCCAAGCCAUCUUUAAUGGAGACCCUGAUGAGAUACGUGUGCUCAUAUGUAAAUCUGAAGACAUCAAUGCACUGCUGUCUAUCAUUCUCUCUCAGGAUACAGAGAAGCGUGCUCCCCUUCAUGCAGCAGCCUUCCUCGGAGAUGCUGAGAUCAUAGAGCUCCUCAUUGUCUCAGGGGCACGGGUCAAUGCCAAAGACAACAUGUGGUUGACUCCACUUCACAGGGCAGUGGCAUCACGUAGUGAGGAGGCCGUUCGCGUGUUGAUCCGGCAUUCUGCCGAUGUAAACGCACGGAAUAAGAACUGGCAGACUCCUCUGCAUGUUGCUGCGGCCAACAAGGCCCUGCGUUGCGCUGAGGUCAUCAUUCCGCUCCUGAGCAGUGUCAAUGUGUCAGACCGCGGGGGACGCACCGCCUUGCACCAUGCCGCCCUCAAUGGGCACACAGAGAUGGUUAGCCUUCUCCUGGCCAAGGGUGCCAACAUUAAUGCCUUCGAUAAGAAAGAUUGCCGUGCACUUCACUGGGCUGCAUAUAAGGGUCAUUUAGAUGUGGUGUGUUUGUUGGUGAGUCAAGGGGCUGAGCUUAGCUGCAAGGACAAGAGGGGAUACACGCCUCUCCAUGCCGCUGCUUCCAACGGACAGAUUGCUGUGGUGAAUCACCUGCUCAGCCUGGCCAUCGAGAUAGAUGAGGCCAAUGCCUUUGGGAACACAGCGCUGCAUGUGGCGUGUUUUAAUGGGCAGGAUGCAGUGGUCUGCGAGUUGAUCGAUUAUGGCGCAAAUGUCAGCCAGCCAAAUAACAAGGGCUUCACACCACUCCAUUUUGCUGCUGCGUCCACCCAUGGUGCCAUGUGUCUGGAGUUCCUGGUCAACAAUGGAGCUGACGUCAACGUGCAGAGUCGUGAUGGGAAAAGUCCUCUUCAUUUGACCGCAGUACACGGACGAUUCACACGCUCGCAAACACUCAUCCAGAAUGGAGGAGAGAUUGACUGCGUCGAUAAGGAUGGAAACACUCCACUGCACGUUGCUGCUCGAUACGGCCAUGAGCUUUUAAUAAACACCCUAAUCACGAGUGGAGCUGACUGCACUAGAAGAGGGGUACAUGGCAUGUUCCCCUUGCAUCUGGCCGCUCUGAACGCUCACGCUGACUGCUGCCGGAAGCUUCUCUCCUCAGGACGGAGGUAUAGCAUAAUGUGUCCUCUAAGUAAUGACUCGGUCCUGUCUGCAGGAUUCCAGAUCGACACACCAGACAACCUGGGGAGAACGUGUCUGCAUGCCGCGGCCGCCAGCGGUAAUGUGGAAUGUGUAAAUCUGUUGCUCAGCAGUGGAGCUGAUCAUAACCGCAGGGACAAACAUGGAAGGACCCCUCUCCACUAUGCGGCAGCUAGCCGACACUUUCACUGCCUGGAGACUUUGGUGUCCUGUGGUACCUGCAUUAAUGCCACUGACCAGUGGGGGCGCUCUGCCCUGCACUAUGCUGCUGCUUCUGACCUGGAUAGAAGACGGCGUGUGGUCCUGGAACCGGAGAGUGAAGGAGUUCAAGCCGAGAAGGAAAAGGAGGCAGCUCUGUGUCUUGAGUUCCUGUUGCAGCAUGGUGCUGCCCCGUCACUCAAGGAUAAUCAGGGCUACAGUGCCAUUCACUAUGCUGCAGCGUAUGGCCACAGACACUGUCUGAAACUGCUUUUGGAUAGAGAUGAGAACCAUCAGGGUGAGAUGGAGAACAGCCAAACCAGGAGCCCACUGCAUCUGGCCGCAUACCACGGUCACACACAAGCUCUGGAAGUCCUCUUGGAAGGUCAUUGCGAGGUGGAUCAGGGGGAUGAAGUGGGUCGGACUCCACUGGCCCUUGCUGCCCUCAGGGGCCACACUGACUGCGCCGUCACACUUUUGAACCAUGGGGCCUCGCCAAGAAGCAGAGAGACAAUCCGUGGACGUACACCCAUCCACCUCGCAGUAAUGAAUGGUCAUACAUCAUGUGUGCGCCUCCUGCUGGAAGACUCUGAUAAUGCAGAUCUGGUGGAUAUGGCAGACUCUCAGGGACAGACCCCUCUGAUGCUGGCAGUAAUCGGGGGUCAUGUGGAUGUUGUGUCUCUUCUGUUGGAGCGUGAGGCCACUGUGGACUUGGCUAACCAUCAUGGUCUUACUGCUCUACAUCUGGGGCUCUUGUGUGGGCAGGAGGAGUGUGUCCAGUCACUGUUGGAGCUGGAGGCAUCAGUGGUGCAGGGGGACUCCAGGGGUCGCACCGCGAUUCACCUGGCUGCAGCGAGGGGUCACGCAUCUUGGCUGAGUGAACUGCUCAAUAUUGCCUGCGCUGAACCCCCGGUACCCCCAUUACAAGACAACCAGGGAUACACACCCCUACACUGGGCCUGUUACUUUGGUCAAGAUGGCUGUGUGGAGGUCAUACUUGAACAAAGAGGCUUCCACCAGUAUGAUGGAAACCCCUUCACCCCACUGCAUUGUGCUGUGGUCAAUGACCAUGAGGCUUGUGCCACCCUUUUAUUAGAAGCCAUGGGAUCAAAGAUUGUAACGUGCAAAGACUCCAAGGGCAGAACACCUUUGCAUGCCGCUGCAUUCGCUGGUCACAUUGACUGUGUUCAACUGCUCCUGGCCCAUAACGCAUCUGUGGAUGACGUUGACGAAUCAGGACGCAGCGCUUUGAUUAUGGCAGCAGAGAGAGGAAGAGUCGAGGUUGUUGAGGCUCUGCUUACUGCUACAAAUGUUAACCUCAGUCUGACUGACCAGAAAGGCAACACAGCACUCCAUCUAGCCUGCAGUAAUGGAAUGGAGGAAUGUGCAUUACUCAUUCUGGGAAAACUUCCAGACUCUGCUCUCGUCGCCACAAAUGCUGCACUGCAAACACCUCUUCAUUUGGCUGCACGCAACGGGAUGAAGCAGACAGUGCAAGAGCUGCUCUCCCGUGGAGCCAGUGUUCAAGUAUUAGAUGAAAACGGGCUCACCCCUGCUCUGGCUUGCGCUCCCAGCAGGGAAGUGGCUGACUGCCUGGAACUCAUUCUGGCUACCAUGAUGCCUUUCUGCUCCCCUUGCAGCUCUGGAAGUCCUUCCCCAGGUGCCCUGCUGAAAUUUCUGCCCUGCAAGGCCAAGAGUCCCCAGGGCCUUCGCAGUCCAAAGGACCCCUCUGGCCCCUCCAGCGAGGGCACGACUACUGAAAACGACUCUGACUCUGAGACAUUUUGACCCUGGCCCUUUCUAGAGUUUCACAAUAGUGUUCAAAGCACAUUGAAUCCACAGAAGUUUUGUGGAGUUCAGCCUCUGUAAAUAAGUGAUCAUGACAAGUCAUGGCACACUUGGUACUCUUUCAUUCUGCCAAACUUGUUUGCACAGGAGAUUUUUACUAAAUCCAUUUGAAUUACAUUGCUGCAAGAGAGAUAAUUAGACAAAAAUGUCUUUUGUACUUUGAUGUUUGAGAUUGCCAAAUGCUGACCUCAUAAUCACACUUGGAAGUAUGUAUGAAGUACAAAGUAUGUAAAGUGUGGUGUACGGUGGCUUAAUUUGUAGACUUUUGAAAGCACAAACCCUGUGGAAGCACAAAGUGAGCGUACAGAACUGAAAUGAAUGUAACAACAAUGGGACCAAUUACAUAUUUGCACCAACAGAGGAAUUGGUGAAUUGUCACAAACCUUGAUAAGAAUGUGUAUACCAAAUAUUUAUUUGCAACAAAAGUACAUGAAACCCAGUGUAAGGUAAUGAAAAUCCAAUGCAUGUUACAAAUGUCAAGACUGUUCACCAGUUGUACUUUACACAUAAGUAUUUGACUAUUAUGAAUAGAAUGCUCUUGAGCUUUAUUUUGUUUUUUUUUUAAAAAAGAGCAUUUUUAUUCUAUAUAAAUGAAUAGAUUUAUACACCUAGGUGGUCUAAACCUAAGUCAGAUGCUUUUGGUGAGUUCCUUUUUAGACAUAGCAACAGUGUUAAAAUAAUACUUCUAUUCAGGUCGAUUUAUAGGUUCCAGUGAGAGGUGAUGUUAUGUUAUGUGAACCAGGAUGUUCUCAAGCCUGUACCAAUAUUUAUUAACAUUUAGAUAACAAUGGUACUACAUUUGUAUGCACUUAUGUAUAGGGAGUAAAUGGGUGUUUAAUGUUCAAACCCAGCAUCAUGAGUAACCUACCCUGUCUUCUGCAAUUCUUUUAUUUUAAAUAAAGUCUUUUAAAUAAUU